GUUAACAUUUGUAUAAAUUUUAAAGAUGUGAUAUGCAUGUGGACCCACUAACAAAAAGAAUAUUAUUCGGUAACUUAAUCAAAGAAGUAUAAAGUUUGAAGAUUUAGUCUUUUUCAGUUGAUUGUAACGGACGGAUAUGAGAGGCAGUUGUUUAAUAUUUGCAUUUUGCAGAAGACAAACUUUUAAAGACAAGUUGGAAAUUAUAUAAUUCUUCAAAUCUGUCAUGGAAUAUAUGGACUAACCUUACCGAUUCUACUAUUGUUCCCCUCCGUUGUUCACAUAUUCAUUGUGGCUAAGAUCAGGAAUUGUUCACCUGAGGUAACAUGAGCUCUAAGAGUUCUCCGUCAAGCAUCACUAAUACACUAAAUGACAGCAGACCACCAGCUAAUGUCGAACCAUACCGCUGGAAGAAUUCUAGACUACGUAAGUUUAUUAAUCAAUAUCUUCUUUGACGAUGCAACGCUAGUCAAUUUUGACUUAAGACGAUAUAAGUCAAAAUUCUAUCGUCGUCUCAAAAAGUACAAUCUGGAUUGGAAGAAGCGUGUAGAAGAAUUAUAUGCGAAAAUUCGUGAAAGUGAACCACAGCUUGAAAUAAUGCCAGGAAACAUGGUUAAUUACCAAAUAAUUAGCAAUGCAAAACUACUGCAAACCAAAGUACCUUUUUUAGGAAAACUUUGUUUUUUAACUGUGAUCUUACGAAUAAAUCAACUAACACUGUUUUAUGGCUGUAAACUCUUCUGACUGUUAACAAGUUUUCAUAAUUAUGAGAUUUAAAACGCCACUUCAGAAAUUCCCAAAAUAUACUUCAAUUACCUAAUCGAUUUUGGUAUUUCUUAACG